AUGGCUGAGCUCCGCAGACUCAAGGUUGCCUGCUCUGGCCUUGGCCGCAUGGGCGCCCGUCACGCCCUGCACUUCUUGCACCGCACACCCAAGGCCGAGCUCGUAGCAGCCUUCACACCAGACGCCAAGGAAAUAGCAUGGGCAAAGGAGCACCUCGAGCCCUUUGGCGUCAAGACAUACAGCGACUACGACCAGAUGCUGAAGCACGAGGGCCUGGAAGCCGUCGUUGUCGCGACUGUCACCACCGCCCACGCCGAGCAGUCAAUCAAGGCCAUCAAGGCUGGCAAGCACAUUCUGUGCGAGAAGCCCUUCAGCACUAAGCCCGAAGUUUGCCAGGACAUCCUCAAGACUGCCGCCGCCCACCCUCAUAUCAAGGUCAUGUGCGGCUUCUCGCGUCGCUUCGACGCUUCCUACCGCACCGCUUACACUCUCGUCAAGUCCGGCGAUGUCGGCCGCCCCUCCAUCCUCCGCUCCCAGACCUGUGACAAGUACGACCCCUCGGGCUUCUUCGUCGAAUACGCCAAGUUCUCGGGCGGCAUCUUCGUUGACUGCAACGUCCACGACAUCGACCUGGCACUGUGGUACUUCAGCGCCGAAUCCAACGGCGCGAACCUGCCUAAGGUCAAGUCCGUCGUUGCCUUCGGUAUCACAGCUCUUGAGCCCGAUCUCGCCAAGUACGGUGAUGUCGACAACGGUGUUGCCAUUGUCGAGUUCUACGAUGGCCAGAUUGCAUACUUCUACAGCUCGCGCAUGAACGCACCAGGUCAGCACGACAUGACCGAGAUCAUCGGCACAAAGGGCAAGCUUGCUGUCAACUCGAACCCCAUGACCGACCUCCUGGAAACACACCUGCCCAACGGUGUCCAGCGCUCCAUUCCCCAGAACUACUACGAGCGCUUCGAGCAGGCCUUUGUUACCGAGGCCAAUGAGUUCACAGAUGCUGUGCUCAACAACAAGGAUGUCCCCGUCGACAUUGAGAGCUCGUAUCAGGCCGUCAGGAUCGGUGUUGCGCUGCAGGAGAGUCUGCAGACCCAGAAGAAGAUCUGGUUCGACCGCAACGGUAACCAGACCGACGAGCCGCAGACCAAGUCUAAGUUGUAG